AUGUCGAAUGGCCGGUUAACCCUCGAGGUCAAGAGCUCAGACACCGUAGACAACGUCAAGAAAAGGAUUCAUGUUACUUGCGGCAUCCCGCCACCAUCCCAGCUGGCCCUUGUCUUCGACGGGAGGCAGCUAGAGGACGGGCAUGGACUGGAUGGCUAUGGCGUCUGUGUGGGGUCCACCCUUCACCUAAUCCUUCAUGGGUCAGGGUCGAUGCUCAUCUUUGCCAGACUGCCUAUUGCCCGCAAGAACCCCAUAAUUCCUCUUAUGGUCCAGAGUUCAGAUACCGUCAACAUAUUCAGGGAGAAGCUUCAAGAAUUGAAGGGGAUUACCGCAUCCGAGCAGCGCAUCAUCUUCCGGGGAAGCUAG